UUCAAAAAUGAUAUUUAGUCUGAUUGAUUGCAUUGACAAUCAUCAGAUAAUCUUUGCUCAUUUUAUUUUCAGUUUCAUCAUUAUUUUAUUUUCAUCUUGUUUCUUAUUUGAUUAGUUAUGGCAGGUUCUCGAAGAAAAUCUAAUGCAAGAGAGGGGGUUAAAACUAGAUCAGGCAAUAGAUCUACGAAAAAAACUAAGAAAGGAAAAAGUAAAUCUCAAGAUGAGCAGGGUAAUGAUCCACAAAGCUCAAAAAGUGUAGAUGAAUCUAAAAAUGAAACAUUCAAAUGUUCACAAUGCGAUUUAGAGUUCGAUGAUGAAAAUGGUUUAGUUUUGCAUGAAGUAUAUCUCCACGAAGAGAAGAACUGGCAUUGUGAUGUAUGUGACAAAAAUUUUACCAGAAAAUAUCACCUUGAUCGUCAUCUUCAACUUACUCCUUGCUCUGGUCAACCUCCGCCUGCUCAUCCUUGUGAAGUUUGUGGUAAAGUUUAUACCCGUAAAGAUAAUUUAAGGGAACAUUUAAGGGUCCAUGCCGGAGAAGUUACUCGAAAAAAGAAUUACAAAUGUUCAUUUUGUGGCAAAAUGUUUCAUGGUGCUUCUUUGUUGACGAUUCACGAACGAAUGCAUACUGGUGAGAAACCUUUUAAGUGUGAAUUAUGUCCGAAAGCUUUCCCAUCUAGUGGUGCCUUGGGUAAACACAUGCGAAUACAUACCGGGGAGAAGCCUUACACUUGUGCUGAAUGUCCUGCCGCGUUUUCACUCAAAGGAACACUUAAUCGACACAUGAGAGUACACACAGGAAUACGACCCCACAAGUGUCCUUAUUGUGACAAAGAAUUUAUUCAAGCUGGAGGAUUGAAAGCUCAUCUUUUUCAUCAUACUGGUAAAGACGGGUUCAAAUGUGAACAGUGUGGUAAAAUUUUCAAUCGCAAAGGUCGUCUUCAAAUGCACCAACGCUAUGUUCAUGAGAGGAAAAAGCCUUUUGAGUGUGACCAAUGUGACAAAAAAUUUACACGCAAAGAAGACCUCAGGAGACAUAAUAUCCUUCACACUGGUGAAAAGCCUCACGUGUGUCCAAAGUGCAAUAAAAGAUUUGCAAUCAAGCCAUCUCUCAAGUUACAUCUUUUAACACAUACCAAAGAAAAACCUAGAUCAUGUACUGAAUGUGGAAAAGAGUUCUUACGGAGAGAUUGCCUCAUGCGUCAUAUGAGGAAACGGCAUAAAGACAUGUUGGGCAAAGUAGCGAUUGAUGAUAAAGAUGAGGCCGCUUCAAAUACGUCCAGCUCAAGUUCAACCAUACCAUACAACGAUGAAUCAGAACCAGGUCCGAGUAAAGUAUUAACAGAAACUGAGCUCGUUGACUCAAUAAAAGAGGUGUUAAGCUUAUUAGUUGAUGAAUCUACACUGGAAAGUUUCGGUUGGCCGGAUAGACCCAUUGAUGAAAUUUUGGAUUCUGUUAUAAAACGAUGUGGACACCAGCCAGUUGACCCUAAAGAAUUUAAUUUUCCUGAUAGACUCAGAGAAAACUCAAAGCUUCUCUUUACUGUAGUAAUUGAUGAUGAUGCAAUCAAAUCAUUAUUGAACAAUCAAACGGUUGAUGAAACGAUUCUUCAUGUUCUCAACUUAGCUAAGUCAUAAGAAAAUAUCUGUUUAGUCAUUUCUUAUAAGCAAUUGGUAUUUAACCAUUCAAAAUUUAACAUUCAUUUAUCCUUGAAAAAUAAGUCAUUUGAUCUUUUAGGUUCAAGAAAUUGAUCAAAUCUUCAAUCGAGUACGUCAAUGUGCCUUAUGAUGUGCCUAAAGAUUUUCAAACUACCGAGCAAUAACUUAAUCUCAAUAACGCUGAACUGUCUCUGCCUUUCUUUUUCAUUUUAAACUUUAAGCUAUUCGAAAUUCAUAACGAUAUUGAAAUAUAAUCAAACGGAGCAUCAUAAUCAUCUAUCAUUUCUGAAAAUUCUCUCAAAACCAAAGUCAUUCACCAAUAUUGUAAAAUAAUCUUAUUCUGAUUGAAAUUUAUUAUUUAAAAUUACUUUUUAAAAUUUUUGUAUUAUCUAUCAAACAUUUCGAAAUCUGAACCUGAAAAUGCAGUCUCAUCGGCUGAAACAGAAGUUUGGAGAAAAUCCAACUUCCGAUAUGCUUGUAUUGGCUUUCUAGAGCUUCAGUUUCUCCGAAUAACCAAUAAUAUUCAGUUCGAUUUCAAUUCAUACUUCAAUUAUUUGUAAGCUUUGGAUGAAUAAAUAAAUGCAAAUUUAAUAUG